AUGGGACAAAAAAUAAAUCCACUUGGUUUCAGACUUGGUACAACCCAAAGUCAUCAUUCUCUUUGGUUUGCACAACCUAAAAAUUAUUCGGAGGGUCUACAAGAAGAUAAAAAAAUAAGAGACUGUAUCAAGAAUUAUGUACAAAAAAAUAUGAGACUAUCUUCUGGUGUCGAGGGAAUUGCACGUAUAGAGAUUCAAAAAAGAAUCGAUCUAAUUCAGGUCAUAAUCUAUAUGGGAUUUCCUAAAGUAUUAAUUGAAGAUAGGCCACGAAAACUCGAAGAACUACAGACGAAUGUUCAAAAAGAACUUAAUUGUAUGAACCGAAAACUCAACAUUGCUAUUACAAGAAUUGGAAAUCCUUAUGGACACCCUAAUAUUCUUGCCGAAUUUAUAGCCGGACAAUUAAAGAAUCGAGUUUCGUUUCGAAAAGCAAUGAAAAAAGCUAUUGAAUUAACCGAGCAAGCGGAUACAAAAGGAAUUCAAAUACAAAUUGCAGGGCGUAUCGACGGAAAAGAAAUCGCGCGUGUCGAAUGGAUACGAGAAGGUAGGGUUCCUCUACAAACCAUUGGAGCGAAAAUUGAGUAUUGCUCCUAUAGAGUUCGAACUAUCUAUGGGGUAUUAGGAAUCAAAAUUUGGAUAUUUAUAGACGAAGAAUAA